AUGGCCUCACACAGCAAGGCUGGCCAGGAGCGUGCGGGCAGGGCGCGGGAGCAGGCAGAGGCCCUGACGGAUGCUGCUGCCCACCCUGCGCCGGCAGUGACAACUGUGUCGCUGAUCCGCUGCGGAGGCUUAAGGGCAAAACCCUCGAGACUUCUCCAGCCGCUGUCGUUCCUGGGGAGAGAUCACGAUAACACCGAAAAAGACAUCCAGGCAAACUUCAAAACAAGCCGGAGCUGCCCCAGCGCCCUGCGGUGCUGCCCCGCCGGCAGCGAGAGACAGCUAAAAGUCCAGCAGCAGAGGGGACCGGCUUCCCAGGAGCUCACGGUCUUGAAGACAGAGAAUGCCAAUGUCACCCUGUUGCCUGAGGAUGGGAAGGAGAAGGCAGCGCUACGAGAGGAGUGGAUGGAGAGUGGGAGACUCCUCCAAAGCCAGGAGGAGGAGGAGAAGGAGCGGCUGCGGGCAGGAACCCCUGGAAUCACCCAGGACGUUAACAUCCAGGUGGAAAAGGGAAAGUACCUGGAACUGGAGGAACAGUUUGAUGCCCUGAGGAGAGAGCACACAAAAACCCUGCAAGAGCUCCAGAGAGCACAUGAGCAGGAGAAGCUGCUGCUGGCAGAGUCCCACCACAGGUCCCAGGCGGCCUUGCAGGAGACAAUCCAGACGCUGAAUUCCCAGCUGAAGUCCUUCCAGGAGAGGAUGAAGCGGGUGGAGGAGUCACUCUUGAGCACAGACUACAAGAAGCACAUCCAGGAGCACGGGAGCCCCAGCCCCUUCUGGGAGCAGGAACUGGAGAGCCUGCACUUUGUCAUCGAGAUGAAGAAUGAACACAUCCAUGGCCUGGACAAGAAGCUGCUGAACCUGGAGACCAUGGUGGAGAAGAACCUUCUGCUGGAGGACAAGGUGAAGACUCUCCAGCAGGAGAACGAGGACCUGCAAGUUCGCACCCAGAACCACUUGGUCAUGGCAAGGCAGCUGUCGGAGGAGCUCCUGGCCACUCGCGGGGCGCUGGAGAAGGAGGUGCAGCUGCGGGAGCAGGCUCGUCGUGAGAAGGAGGAGCUGCUGUACCGUGUGCUCAAUGGCGGGGAUGGCUCCCCCUUCCCCGUGGCUGCUGGAGAGGUGCCCCUCAUCACCACGUAGCAUGCUGCCAACCGGCACCGAGCGCUGCCAGGGGGGCUGUCAGGGCUUUCCUCCGGGUGCCUGAGCCCGGGGCUGCUCUCACAAGUGCCUCCACUGCUGGGGCAGGACCCUGGGUCAGCCAAGCCCUUGGGGCGGCCCCGUCCGAUCAGGGAGAUGGAGCAUUUCACAGGACACUUGCGCCUGCCUUUCCCCAGCCUGUGUGGGGCUGUAGGGAGACCCCAGCCACCCCCCUGUGCCAUCCCUGCACCCCUUCCUCUGAUGGGAGGCUGUGGGAGGCUUUCUGGGGGUGAAAGGGGUCAGCCAGGACACGCAGAGGUGCACUGGGCUAGAUCCAACCCAGCGCUUGGCUCUGAGCAUAACCAGCAUCGGUGCUGCCCGGGGGCAUGAGGCGAGGAAGAUGAGGCAGUCACUGGUAUGGGCAUGAGAACCGGGAGGAUGAAGAGGGCGCUGGGGACUUGACGGUGUUAUGGUACCUCAUUCCCUGGGGAGCAUCCCUGAGAAGCGGGUGGCCGAGUCAAGGGCUGAACCACGGAUUUUUUCCGGGGUGAGGGGCAGGAGGGACAGCUGCAGCUGGGUAUAUCUGCCACCUCCGGUGCCACCCUUGCUGUAGACCAUGUCAACCCAUCCCAUUUUGAGGCUUGGCCUCCUGCUCAGGUUGCUCUGAGCCGAUGCCACCCAUUCCUGCCAUUUCCAGUGACAGCAGGGCUUCCCCUGCUCAGGACCUGCCUCGCUCCCCAGGAGAGGAACCAGGUGGGGCUCCCACCCACACUCUCCUCUCCCCAUCGCCUCCUCCAUCUUCAGCAAACAGCUCCCAGGGAUUGUUCACGCAGCCCAAGCGUGCCCCUGCUCACUGCCACGCAGAUGCCAAGCCCUUGUCCCCCCGCUGCCCAGCGCAGCACCACCCACCCCACCUUCUCCCCCAAAGCUGGGCAGAGGCUGCAUGCCCAGGGGUGCACAUUCGGGGAGCAGAGCAUCCUCCCGAGGGGGAGCAGGCUUCAGCGGCAGCUGCCAGCAGGUCACAUCCAUCCCUGCUCCAAGGGAGAGCAUCCCCAUCGGGGAAGAUGUUGCCAGCAUGGCUGCGGGUCAGGGCUGGAUGCACACAAGCACUUUCCACUGGGCGCACAAGUGUGGUGGGACGGUCGCUGCUCCCGGGGCUGUCCCUGGGCCUGUCCCCACCCUGGGACUGUUUAGCCGGGGGGGGGGAGCUGUGUGUAUGUGCGUGCACCAGGCCAAUGUGCUACUGGCUGUAACAAUUAAAAGUCUGUA